AUGCCCAUACCACCAUGGCGAGGAAACUGCCGACGCCGCGUCACUGAGCCGCCCGGCCCCACCAAGCCGGGCCGAGUAUUGGGACUAUGCAUCUACCGCGUUUUCUUCCAUCCGCUGGCAAAACAUCCUGGCCCAUUGCUGGCCAAGGUGUCCAAUUUCUACGCGGCAUAUCAUGCGUGGGUGGGCGACAUCCACGUUGACAUGUGGAAAUGCCACCAAAAAUACGGCGAGACUGUUCGCUAUGCGCCCGAUCGCCUCCUCAUCAACACGGCCGAUGCGCUUCGUGACGUGCACGGCCACAAGAGCAAUCUCCCAAAGGCGACGACGUACAACGCGCUCAUUCACCGCGCGCCCAACAUCCUCACUCUGCGCGACAAAAGGCAGCACGGCCGCAGGCGUCGCGUCAUGUGCCAAGCAUUGUCGGAUGCCAACAUCGCAACCUUUGAGCCCGCAAUCGUCGAGCAGGUCAAAAAGUUUGUGGCCGUCUUCGCCGAGCUCCCUCGCGACGGCGGUGACGAGGCCUGGUCUGCGCCGGUCAAUGUUUCCGAAUGGUGCGACUACCUGACAUUCGAUAUCAUGGCCUCAGUGGUGUUUUCCGGCAAAUACGACAUGCUGGGAAGCGCGCAGUACCGCCCUGUGCUGAAGGCAAUCCUGGACUCCAACGUCCGGAUGGGCACGCUGUUCCAAUACCCGGCGCUCGGGCACUGGAAGAUGCACAAGCGCUUCUUCCCCGCCGCCAUCGCCGCCCGGAGCGUCUUCGUGUCGUUUGUGACGCGCAUGGUCGGCGACCGAAUCAAGCUGGGGAAGUCGCAGACCCCGCACGACGUCUUCUCGUUCAUGGCGAAGUCCAAGGACCCCGAGACCGACCAGGGCUUGACCCUGAACGAGCUUGGCGCCGAAAGCACCACGCUGAUCGUUGCCGGUGCUGACACUACCUCGACUGUCAUUGCUGCAACCAUGUUCUACCUUGCCAAAUUCCCGCAGUGCCUGGAACGGGCCCAACGAGAGGUGCGUACGGCAUUCGACGAGGAGUCGGAGAUCCGUCUGGGCCGGAAGCUCAACAGCUGCACCUUCCUCCUUGCCUGCAUCAACGAGGCCAUGCGCCUAGCACCCUCCGUUGGCGCUGCACUCUGGCGCCAGGUGCAGUCUGAAGACGGCAUGGCAGUUGGUGGCCACUUCGUUCCCCGCGGCUACGACGUGGGCGUCGGCAUUUGGAGCCUGCAGCAUAGUCCGGAACACUACCCUGACCCCUUUGACUUCUGCCCUGAGAGAUGGCUUGUUGAAAGCGCAGAUGAAAGAUCAAAGAUUCUCGCUGCGUUUUCGCCCUUCUCGCGAGGCCCCAGGAGUUGCGUUGGAAAGGGCAUUGCUAUGGUUGAGCUGUUGCUCACUUUCUCGCACUUGCUCUGGUCCUUGGACUUCAAAUUCCCAGAGGGACAGGAGCCGCUUGGAAACUUCGAGCUGAAGGAACAUGUUACUGGCGCCAAGAACGGCCCAGUUCUCCAGUUCCGCAAACGGCAAUUGCACGGGCUCUGA